CUGAUUUAGAAGGCAGCACAUGCGAGCUGUAAACCGCAUCCAGAUAUGGCACAUGCCGCCUGCCUCAGCAACCGCUUACAGCAUCCUCUCCUGCUAUAAACAGCCUGCAUCCAAACCCAUGCUAUAAACAUCACCUCAUCCCUUCUCAUCAUUCCCAUCAUAUUUCUGUCAAAUGCAUCUCACAUAAGCAUCAUACUGACACAUAUUAGAGAAGGAGGAGGACAAUUAUGGACGUCACGCUGGCAAACCUCCCUUUCCACAUCUUCUGUGACAUCGUCUGUCAACUCCCCCCCAUACGAGUCGUCAACUGCCAACGCGUUUCUCGCAUCAUUCACGAAGCCCUCACGAGAGAUGAGCUCUGCAUCACCCUCAUCUCGAGGCAUUUCCCGCGCUCGCGAGAAGGCCGGCGACUCAGGCAGCUUCUCAGGGCCGAAGACCGCGAAUCUCUCGACCGGGGGAACUGGGCUGCCGUGUUUGCGCGGCUGGCGAGGCGGUACUAUUAUCUGGGGCGGGCAAUGCCCUGGCAGACUGUCAAAGUGCCUGUGCUCAAGGAUGCAACGCUGCUUCGAGGCGUGGCGACUUGGAAUCGGUUCUUGAGCUUGAACAACAUAAAUGCGAUAUUCGACUACGAGGACGCGGUAUGGACGGUGGCCCCAACAGAGGGGCUGCUGGUGUAUCCGGCGCCGGAGACGGACUCGUCCGAGCCGGGAUACCGGGCCCGAGAUCUGGCGACUGGGGUGGAGUUCAGGGUUCCGUUUAAGACGAAGGGCAGGAUUGUGAGGCGGGUGCGGCUUAGCCAUGGCAUUCUUGCGAUUGAAUGGUGCCCAAAAGUUGGAAGUGUUCCCUUCGGCGGCACCGUACCGUUUCAUCGCCACUAUGCAAUCCUGUACGACGUCCAUCGGGCUGGAUCUUGGGACGGCGUCAUUCCUCAGCGGCCUGCUGCCGGCGUGGCUACACCGGGCUACUCCUGGAAGUUUGAUCUUCGCUCUGAGUUUGAGAUUCACCAUAUCGGUCUCCCGGUGAAUAGCACAGAUCGUUUCUUCUCAACGCACAACGCUACUCAUUAUGCUGUCUACGUAUGGCAGACUACACGCUAUCCCUCUUCUACUCCGUCCAACAUCGUGGGGCCCAUCGAACGGCUCACAAUAUGGGAGAUUCGCACUGCUUCGCCAUACAGGCCAUCUCUAGAUAUAUUAGGCAUCGCGAGACGAGACCCGACUGUGGGACCUCGCGUCAUUCGCAGAAUGGCAAACUCCCAGCUUGCCGCAUGGUCCGUCUUGCAAGGCGUAACACCGUCGCUACGCUCAUUGGCCCUGGACGACUGUACCUGGAAUGCCUCUAGGCGCUCUGCCUGCGGCCACGUCUUCUUCACAGAGGAGGAACACAAAUGGUCUGAUGGCCCGCAUAGCAGUCUGGAUCCACCGCGUUUCCAUCUCGUCAAGACGACGGGGAUACCGCUGAUUGGCAAUGGACCAAGGUGGGUGGAUGAGUGCCGAGGCGGAAGCGAUGCCAACAUACAACCCUUCCGCAGAAGCAGAUGGAGGAGACAUGCAACUGAGACAUACAAAGAGGAAGAGGACGACGACGAUUAUGACGACAAUAGCAACGGAGACGGCGACAACAACGGCACUACUGCUGCGAAUACCACCGCAGCACCCUCGUUUCUGAAAACGAUACCCUGGGCCAGGCACUCAGAAACAUGGCCCGGUCGAGCUCCUUGCUGGCGCCACGUCGACUUCCCCUACAUCACCAUGUCUGAAGUCUUGGACAUGCCAGCCGGCAUUCGCAUCAUUGCCCGAAACUGCUUCAUGCUUGCCACCCUCUCCAUCUUUCCGCGGCCCAAGAUCCAUAUCGAGGGCGUCAAUGAAGAUGGCCCUAUACCUCGAAAGAAGAAGGAAAAAAAGGACAAAAAAAGGAGAGUCAAAAGCAGGAGCGGUGGAGAUGGCGGCUCGAGACCUUCUAGCUCCGGCUCAAACUCGUCAUUUCUCCGAGAGAAUCGCCAAUUGGCCGCUCCGACGCAGAGCCAAGACGGGAACGAGGACCAGAAGGCGGUCCAGUUCGCAAUCUCAAUAUGGCCUCAGAUCAUGUGCAAGGGAUGCAUCUAUGGCGAUGAGCGGUGGCUCAUCGGGGAGGAUGCUGGCGGAGAUGUGACCAUUCUCAUGUUCUAAGUCGUUCGAGAGGAGGGGCACGCACUAAUGAUUAGACGAAUUGGUGAAACAGUUAUUAGGAAAAAACCCUCGUUGGAAAAAAAAAAAUGAUACAAGUCAGUUGUAAUUGCAGCAACAGAAGUAGCAACUAGAGACCUUGUCCAUAGGUAGGUAUUAGAUGG